AUGGAGCUCUCAACCGGCGGCAAAGCAGGGCGCAGACGUUUAACUCAGGCUAUCGACUGGGACGCCUUCCGAAAGGCGGUGGCCACGUGCGAAGACGCGGUUCCCGUAACCGCAAAAUUACUGAAGGCAGCGCAAGCGGCCACGCGAAACCUGGAGGUGGAAGACCAAGACCCGGUUCCCGACAAACAUCUAAUCAACCUGUGGGAAGCACGCAAGCGGCUCCACAAGAUAUAUCUUAACAACGGCAAACGAUUCAAGGACCUAGUGCGUUUGCGCAACAAGACGGCACAGGCACGUAGAUAUGCCAAACGCCUGGCUCGCUCGAGGUGGCUUGACCACUGCGCGACGUUUGACGAACGAACUGGCACCCGCAAGCUAUGGCGCGCCCACAGAGCCUUGACCGGCAAGACCAAGGCGCCCAACACUGCUCGCAACAUCCAGCUAGCCACCGACCAAACUCCGGAGCAGUUUGAGGAAGCGGCCGCCAAGGCCUUUUUCCCACAACCUGCUAACGAUCCGGACCUGUGCCUGUACGAACUGCAACCGCCGAGCGACACAGAACAAGACGCCCCGUUCACGAUUCAAGAAUUGACACUGGCCUUGGACUCUAGUCCGGAUCAAAUACAGAACCUCCGACCAAUCUCACUUACGUCUACGCUAUGCAAGUUACUCGAACAGAUGAUCCUUACGCGACUCACUUAUGUCUUGGAAGAAGCCAGGGACGACCCUUACUACGACGCUGCGCAGACUGGUUUUCGCCCCGGACUGUGCACCCACGACAGCCUACACCUCCUCCGAAACUUUGUGGGUAAGGGGCGCCGAGGAACCAACAAGGUACCCGGACUCCUGGUGGCAGUGGAUCUCCAGAAAGCUUUUGACACCGUCGAGCAUUCGGCAGUGAUCGAGGAACUCGAAGAGAGUGGCGCAGGCACCCGCAUAAUCAAUUUCGUGAAAAGCUUCCUCAAGAAUCGUACCUUUGAGAUCAGCUCGGGCGCCCAGCAACCCCGCAUGUUCCAGAAUUUCCGUGGAGUACCUCAAGGAGCCAUCCUUUCGCCGACCCUUUUCAACUUGGUCAUGAGAAAAAUAGCAAGAGUGUUGCGCGCCGUCCCACACCUUCAGCACACAACUUAUGCGGACGACAUCACCCUUUGGGUGGACCCCCGAAACACAAAGCUCGACACUAAAGAAACGGUCGAAACCAUGCAGACGGCCCUAGAUGCCAUUGACCAGUGCCUGCAAACUACGGGCAUGCAACCUUCCCCAGAGAAGACAGCCUUCCUCAUCGUCGGCGGUCUUGAGCACAACAGAGCUCAAAUACACCUGACCCUGGCCGGCCAGUCCAUUCAGCGCUCCCCCGAACGCUGGAUUCGCAUAUUGGGAGUCCCACUGCACGAACAAGGAGGAGCGCAAGAGUGGAUCAAGCAACUCAAACCCAAGUGGCGACAACAGCUCCAACUCAUUAAGAGAAUGGGCAACCGCCUCGGUGGCGCGGGCACGCGCACCAUCCGCUUGCUCACUCAAGCAGUCCUGACCUCAAAAGCCUGCUAUGGAGCCGCAUGUUUCGUCCUGACCAAGGCGCAUCUCAAACAGCUGGAAAUAUUGCAUCGUGAAUGCCUGCGUGCAAUCACCGGUCUCCCAAGACACACUAAGACGGAAGAGCUGUAUCGGUACUCGAAUCUUCCGACUCUACAAGCCAUCAUUGAGACCCGCGUUGCCGGCCAUCAGCGGCGCCGGACAUCGACUAGAGCCGGUAAACGUCUUCUGGAUUUACAGGGUUGGCGGCCUCCCGUAGGAGAGGCCCCGCCUCCGAAGGGCAUGCCACCAUGGGAGGACAUUAUGGUCAGAAACCCCAAGCCGCUAACUCGCAAACAACACCGCGAAGAACAUUCAGAAGAAAGAGCUGCACUUGCUGCGCGGGCAGACCUCGUGGAGCACGCGGUCUUCACAGACGCCACAUGGUGCCAAGAGACGAAGCGGGCCACACUCGCCUACGCUACUGGCCAGGACCGAUAUGCUCAGACACUUCAAUACGACAGCGAACCUAGCACGAGCCGCCUCGAACUGGGUGCAAUACACCUGGCACUAUCUCGAAUAAGAGAGACAUUCGAGCCAGUGGACGUACCUACCCGUGUAACCAUCUUCACGGAUUGUAGGGAAGCCCUUGCCCGUCUGGGGAAAACUCCUCGCGAAGGGACGCUCUGCCAGCGAAUCAAGAGUAUGUGCUCGUAUUUGAAAAACACCAAAGGUAUUGAGGUGAGAGUGGACUGGGUCCCGGGACACGCGGGCGGCAUCGGUAACGAGGCCGCACACGCGUGGGCGAGCGAGCAAAGGGAAGACCGCUCCAACCCAGGGAUCUUCGUCCCCUUUGCGCCGCCGGACCCAGACCCCAUAGAGAAGAAAUCUGCGGCCCGACAAGAGGAUCAGCGUCGGCUGCGAGGUCAAACACCCUACAACCCGGCACCGCUACCCAAGGGUUUACCCAGAGGGGCACAAGUGUUAAUUCACAAGGCCCGCACCGGAGCUGCGCUCACCGAAGACAUACUCGCUCGGUGGCGUAGCUACAAACCACGGAGGGGCCGCCCACCCGACCAAGUGCCACCGGAAGGGUCCGAGCCCGCUGCACUUGUCGUCUGCACUACAUGCACCGCCGGCGUGAGCCCGACGAUCCGACACUUACUCUGGGAUUGUGCCGGCUUGCGAGAAAAAAGAGCCGAACACCUGGGGCCUCACAUCGACACUUUAGAGGCCUGGAUCACACCGGUUAACGAGGCACGGGCCAGGGAGACGCUGAUCUCCCUAUGGGAGUUCGCGCGCUCGACAGGAGUGCACCGCCGAAUGUAA